AUGAACUCCAACCAAAGCGGAGCAGGUAGCAGCAUGGGAUCCGGGGAAGUAUAUACCUGCGACUACAAGGCCGGGGACACGGGAGCUGCCGGUGCGAUUAGCCUCAAGAUUUUGGUACCUAACGCUGUUGCUGGGGCUAUUAUUGGUAAAGGAGGAGAGACGAUAGCCCGGGUCCAGAGCGAAGCGGGGGCCAAACUGAAGAUGUCAAAGUCGAACAACUUCUAUCCAGGCACCACGGAAAGGGUGUGUUUGAUAACUGGGCCGUUUGAAGCCGUCCGUAAAGUGCAUAACUUCAUAAUGGAGAAAAUCCGCGAAAAGCCCGAGUUAAACCCGAAAUACGAGGACUACCGCGGUCCAUUUGAACGACACCAACAGGGCUUGCAGGGAUCAACUAUGAUGUCAGGAUGUAACACACCCACCACCAGUGUCAGCAACCCCUUUAUGAAUAACUCAAAUAACAACUGUGUAUUUGGCCCCGUCGGUAGUUGUCCCUCAGCCAUGGAAAAUUUUACAUCCACUUGUGCAAGUUCAAGUCCUUUCAAUAAUUCUUCAGCAAACAUCAACAGCGAACGAUUCGGUGGCAGUCCUAUGCUCAGUGACUCUUUCAGCACUACUGUCAACUAUUCCCUGAACAACGCACUGUUUGCUGGUGGUCCCAGUUCUUCUGGUGACCAGAUGAAGAACCAGAUGUCUUUUGGUCACAAUUCACCUAUGUACAGCCCAGCUGAAGACAAGUCGGGACCAGCUACAAAGAAUGAAAUUGAAGUUGCAGAAACAAUUGUAGGUGCCAUCCUUGGGCCUGGUGGCAAAGGCAUUGUUGAACUUCAACAGUUGACAGGUACAAACAUACAGAUCUCCAAGAAAGGUGUCUAUGUCCCUGGCACCCGCAACAGGGUCGUUACCAUCACAGGCACACCAAACAACAUCUCAAAGGCUCAGGUCCUUAUCCAACAGCGUCUUCAGCAAGAAGAGAUGAAACGUGCUCGACAACCCCAAGUCCGUUAA